UCCGGGUGGCCUUGGAAGAAGCUACGGGUGAACUCCUGCAUCUCAUUCUCCCGCGCCAUUUUGCUCCACCUGAUAUUGGCGGCUCCCGCCUUUUUUCUUCCCGGCCUCCGUCCGUGCGUUUGACAGGAGGUUGCGCACGCGCAGUGCCGUGACGCCGAGAGGCAGGAGACCGUUGCGGGUCGGUCGCGCGCCGCUUGGGUCGAAUUUGCCAGACAAAACUUGUUUUUGCCGGGCAGUUGUAGGGUCUCGUGGCUCCUCCCUUUUCUUAGAAGGAAUCGCUUUUUAAAGUUCUGGUUAGAAACCUAUUCGGAGCCGGUUACACCUUUGAGUGUAACGCAAUCAAAUCGCGACGCUGCCUCCGUUCGUGGUCGCGGGCAACAACUAGGCCUCUGUGACUUUGAAAGGCAGACGGAAAGGGGCGUCCUCGCCUGAAGACUAGGAAUCUCAGGGGGGAAUGUCUUCUUGUCACUUCAAAUCGCUAAGCACAUUUCGAAUCAGUUAAGGGCGCCCUCCAGCGUCCUCCAUCUUUGUGACAUCACGCUUCUCUUCGGCGCCAUUUUUCGCGUAUCCCCUGGAAGCAACGUUCCUUUCCCGGUAUUGCUACGGAGAGCAGGUCGUGUGGUUAAGAUCCCUGAGCGCGGGGCACGCCGGGAGUUGUAGUGCCAGCGGACCCAGCCCUGCCGAGGCCCCGGAAGUUGAGGCGCGAGAGGCCGGGCUGAACCGGCUCGGCGUAGCGGGAUUUAGGACUACAGCUGAGGCGCUUCUCCCGGAGCGGGUCAUGAACGGACCGGCGGACGGUGAAGUGGACUACAAGAAGAAAUACCGGAAUCUGAAGCGAAAACUCAAAUUCCUCAUCUACGAACACGAGUGCUUCCAGGAGGAACUGAGGAAGGCGCAGAGGAAAUUGCUGAAGGUGUCCCGGGACAAGAGUUUCCUCCUAGACCGACUUCUGCAGUACGAGAAUGUGGAUGAAGACUCUUCUGACUCUGAUGCCACUGCAUCUUCAGACAACAGCGAGACAGAGGGGACACCCAAGUUGUCAGACACACCUGCCCCUAAGAGGAAGAGAAGCCCUCCGCUGGGGGGCGCUCCCUCUCCUUCCAGCCUCUCCCUGCCUCCUUCAACAGGGUUUCCCCUUCAGGCCUCGAGGGCCCCCUCCCCAUACCUGAGCUCGCUGGCUUCCCCCACCUACCCCCCAUUCCCUUCUGACUACCUGGCCCUGCAGCUGCCCGAGCCCAGCCCCCUGAGGCCCAAGCGGGAGAAACGGCCCCGCCUGCCCCGGAAACUCAAGAUGGCGGUGGGACCCCCCGACUGCCCUGUGGGAGGGCCGCUGACCUUCCCAGGCCGGGGCUCUGGGGCUGGGGUGGGGGCAGCCUUGGCCCCCCUACCCCCACCCAAGAUGCCCCCCCCCACGAUCCUGAGCGCCGUCCCUCGGCAGAUGUUCAGCGACGCGGGCAGCGGGGACGACGCCCUGGACGGGGACGAUGACCUGGUGAUCGACAUCCCGGAGUGAGCCCCUCUGCCCAGCCCCCUGCCUAGCCCCCUCGGAGCCAGCACACACGAGCCCCCAGCUUCCUCAGAGAAGUUUAUUGACGCCCAGUUGCCAUGCUGCGGCCACGGACACAAUCAGAAAAGGCAUAAACAUGCACGAACAUCCCCCAGAAGGUGGGCCCUCUCCAGGGAGGGCAGGGGUCCUGCCCUCACAUCCCAGCCCGAUCCAGAGGACAGUUAUUUAAAGGAGUGGCCAGGGCCAUCUGUCACCUCUCAGAGAGGCAGAGACCCUGCGGUGGCCCCCCGCUUAAAAGGGCAGCUAUACAGGGCUAGGUAUUGUGUGUGUGUGUGUGUGUGUGUGUUGUUUUUUAAAUGAAGAUUGUGUAUUAAAGAAGUGG